GUGACCGUAUUGUGUUGGAAGUGCUUUUACCAUAAAACUCUUACUAAAACUAAAACUAAACUGACUUUUGUUUUCUACUUUUCAGAUCGGAGGUUCAGUCCGUGAGCCGGGUCAUGUUGAAUCCUUCUUCCUACCGCUGGUACUAAACAGAUUCAAACUGCGAGGAAAAAGCCAUAAAAUCCAACCCAGAUUGUUUGGUCAAUGUGAUCAGGACCACUGGUCACAAUGUGCUAAAACUGCCGGCUACAGACGUUUGCUAUAAACGAGCUAUAAACAUUACUAUUGGAAUCUGUAAGAGAGAGGACAAAGACCCCUGGGACUGUAACGACAACGUCAAAUCGAUGAAGAUGAAGGACUUUUAACGACAGUUGCCAGACGUCAACAUUUUGAUCGGUUUGUGGUCGGACCUGCUCUUCUGCAAAGCUGACCAAAAAAAAGGGAGACAGAGACCCUGAAGAUCAGAAAAAAGGAAAGGCGGGAGGAGAAGUAGAUAGCUCGGAGUAUCGAGUCAAAAUUGUUUUGUCUCUCUAUCCUACAUAUCAUUGGUUGGAAAUCUAUGUCCCUGAAUAUUCAGGAAACAAAAUUAAAAUCAACCUAAGUGUAGAUCUAUACCUUAAAAACGCUAACGUGAGUCAAGCAAAGCAACAUUAAGCUUUUGAAAGGAACAAGUGAUACAUAAUUUGUGUGUGUGUUAAAGUUUUAUCAAACUGUGGACUCGUUGACUCAGAACAUUGGUGGAGCGAGUGAGCCGUUUUCUUCAUUUGUUUGUUAGCACAGAAUGCCAGGAAGUUUCUUGGCUAAAUACCUGCCUUCUAGACGACAGACCGACUCUUUCAUGAUGAACGGGGGAAUCCACCACGCCGGAGGGAAUAACAAAAAUUCUGGCCACAAGGCUUCAGAUGCCACAAACAUCACUUCCGGGUCAAGUAUGGAUGAUCCAGAAACUCCAUGCGAUCAGGCUCAGAUCAAGUUCCUUCCCCGCACGGACAGUCAGCGGGCGGCCCGCGGCGUGUGCAGACAGUGGAGCACAAAGGAAAAGUACCUGCUGCUUCUCAGCGCCUUCCUUUUCCUUCUCUGUGUGGCCUUUGUUUUCCUGGCUUUCACCCGGGACCUGCAGCUCCGAGAUCAGCUGGCUGAGAGCUCAAAGACUAAAGUAUGCUCUACAAAAGCUUGCGUCAGCACCGCUUUGCUGAAAAAAAUUGUGUUUGUCUAG